AUGAAUUUAAUUCUUCUUGAAAAUUCUCUUGUUAAUUGUUAUCCCUGUCUUGAAGAAUAUUUAGAAAUGAUCGAAAUUUUGAGAAAUAUUCAAAAAGAUCAAGCUUCACAAAUUGAAGAAAUUAAAAUCAAAAUGCCUAUUAAUAGAAAAAAUGUUAAUUAUAAACAUGCUUCUGAAUGGCUAAAAACUCUUAAUAGAACUACUACUGAUAUUAAUAUGAGUUUAAAAAAUUUUAAUAAUUUAGAAACUAAAUUUAAAAAAGAAAAUGUUGAAGAGGUAGAAGAGAUUGAAGAA